GAAGAAAACAAGCUCUUUGGCUUGCGGAUGAUUCAGCGCUCUUCUUAUUCAGGGACUCGAGAAAAAGAAGGCUUGUGGGCAAAGCUGUAGUACGCUGGCUCAACAGAAGAUCUUGGGCGUGACAUCAGGCGAGGAGGGAAGGUCAAAACUGCGGGGAGAAAAAUCACGUGGAGCUGAGUUGUUAAACAGGAAGACACAUGGGACCGGAUGACAGAGUUGACAAGGAUAACGUGAGACGGCGCAGCGGGGACCUCGGUUUACAACACGCUAAGAAGAAUAAAAGCCCGGAAUCGAAGUUAAGCCACGGGCGGCGCCCUUCGUCACCGGUACUCCUACUCGAGAAGGACGAUGCCUCGUGGGCGACGCUGUUCUGCGCUCUCUUCCUCUGCGUCAUCGUGGUGGCGGCCAUGGCUGUUCUCAUCACGCGCCAUCUGGCGUCUCGACACGCCAGCGACGAAGGUGUCUGCGCCACUGAAGACUGCAUCAGGCACGGACGCGUGCUCUUCGACAGGCUCAACCUGUCGGCUAAUCCGUGCUCCAGCUUCUAUCAAUACGUCUGUGCAAACGUGGCUUUCGACACUGCCGAGGAAAAAGUGCGAAGGAUGUAUGGGCAACAAGUUAAGGACUUUAUGGAGCAGAGAGAAACCCCUAUAAAGAAGGACAAAGACACCUGGCAUGGUUAUGACGUGAAGGCUUCGCGGGCACUGGACUUGUGCCUGGGGAGACCAGACACCAUGAAUCCAACACCUUUCGUCCAGUUUAUGCGUGAACGUGGACUGACAUGGCCGAUGCAACCAAAACCUCCAGAGCGCCGGACAAACGAGUCAGGUAACCCACUUUUCACAAUACUGGUGGACCUGUCCUUAAAUUGGCGAGUAUCUCUGUGGUUCGACGUGAAUGUGAUGGCCUCGGCGGACCACAACGAGUUAGUGAUCACUUUGGACGAACCGGGACCUGUGCCCGUGCUCCGCAUGGCACAGCUUUCAUCCCUCGGGGACGACGCGUACGAGAAAGUUGCGCAGCAGGUGGCGUCUUUUCUAUCCGGAGGCACCGUGUCGUUGAGCAAAACGGAACUGACGGACUUGCGGCUAGAUGAAGGAAUCGUACGGAACACUCUAUCGUUUCGACUGGAUCCGGAGAGUGAAGAAGCAGACGAAGUAGACGUCAUUACGCCUAUCAAGAAAGUCCAUGUGCUGUCUGGGACCGUGGGCCCCGACCAGUGGCUGGCCACGUUGCGGAAUUCUCUCGACGGUGCUCACGGCCUGACCCUUUCGAACGAAACAAAAAUACUCGCCUUCAACAAAGCAAGGAUCAACCACGCUUUCACUAUGCUCGAAGACCUGCCGAUAGACGUGGCUCUAAACGUGACUGGCUGGAUGUUUGCUUACAUCUAUGGGUGGACAAUGGGAUCCCGUUUCGACGACUUCAAUUCUGGACAUAAGGACACCGAAAAACUGACGACCAGGACUCUGUGCUUUCUAGGUGUUCAUGAAAUGCACGGCCUUGCUGUUCUAGCUGCUUACAUUUCCAAACUUUUCAGCGAGUCACAACGCGGCGGUGUCACGCAAGUCUUCAGUUCUAUUACUAACGCUUUACUUUCGGCCAUCAAAAGCGCAAGCAGUAUCACUUCACCGACGAAGACUAGGGCAGAGGCCAAAAUUGUAGAUGAGCUAAGCAUUCACAUUUGGCCUCCCGAACCGUUCUUCCGCGAAAACUCAGUGAACGAGAUCUACACAGCAUUUCCUUCAGAAGGCACGUCGUUAUUUUCUCUGCGGCUUCAAACGAUGAAAGUGCUCCAGGAGUCACGGACUAACGAGUACUACUACAGUCUCAUGACGAAGCGCGUCCGCUCGUAUGCUCGCGGUGUUCGCUACCUAUACAGCCGCAACUCUCUUGAACUCGGAGUGUGGGCCCUCCUAGCACCUUCCUAUAUGAGGGAUGGCUCCCGUCUCAUGGCGUUCAGCGGUCUCGGUUUCGAGAUGGCCCGUGCUCUUGUUCGCGCGUUCGACGAGCGUGGCAGAAUGCUGGACGGGAAAGGUCAGCCAGAUAUGAGGUGGGGCCAGAAGUUCAAGUGCCGGCUGAACGACGCGAACAACAGACGCGAUAAGCGCGCACUCGCAGAUCUGUUCGCGCUGAACGUGACUUUGCGCGCGCUCGCCGACGCCACCGCGGGUGUGCACAGCUAUCCCAAGCUUCGAUUCCUGGAGUCGCUGAGCGAAGAGCAAACGUUUUUCGUGAGUUUCUGCAGCCAUUUCUGCGGCGACAGGGAGCGGGCUGAACUCUGCAAUCUCGCCACAAGGGCUGCGCAAUUUCGCAAGGCAUUCCGCUGUGAAGAUCGCAGGGAGAGCAAGACAGAGUGCGAGUUCAUCUGAAUGUUCGCAAGUCAUCGAUGUUUAGUGCUUGUCCUUGGAAUGAACGAUGCCACUAUGCACAAACACUGAGCGAUUGAUGAUGCUCAUGAAAAUGCGUCUCAGAAUAAAUUAGCCGACCUAGGA